CACGGGGAUGUACUUCCUGUGUCGCCAUGCACAUGUGGUAAACAAGCAUAUGUAUCCCUGGGACUGCAAUCAUGGACUCCUCAACAAAGUGGAAUAAUUUACCUAAAGCUCCGAGUCUAAAGAACCUGACAGAGAGGGGCUUCGGGAUCCUGAACGAGACUCAGCAUGCCGCGGUGCAGGACCUGACCAAAGCCCACAUCGAGUCCUUCGACCAGGCUCUGACUGAUGGACUGAGCCGCGUCGUGCAGGCCAUCCCUCCCUUGGAGUUCACGUUCAGGAAUGACAGGAUCAGCUUGGCGUUUGUGGAGGCCACCCUCUACAGCCCGGUGGUCGCCAAGGGCAACAUCUGCAGGGAGAUGAAGGUGUUUCCUGCUGAGUGCAGGGGGAGGAGAUGCACAUACAAAGGGAAGCUAGUGGCGGACGUCAGCUGGUCAAUCAACGGAAUCCCCAAAGGCAUCAUCAAACAGUCCAUGGGUCAGGUGCCCAUCAUGGUGAAGUCCAAGCUGUGCAACCUGCACGGCUUGUCCCCCAAAAAGCUGGUGGAGCACCAUGAAGAAUCAGAGGAAAUGGGAGGCUAUUUCAUUGUAAAUGGAAAUGAGAAGGUUAUCCGUAUGCUCAUCAUGCCGAGGAGGAACUAUCCCAUCGCCAUGUCGAGACCCAAGUGGAAGAGCAGGGGGCAAGGAUACACUCAGUAUGGUAUUUCAAUGCGCUGCGUGAAGGAAGAGCACACGGCCGUCAACAUGAACCUUCACUAUCUGGAAAACGGGACGGUGAUGCUGAACUUCAUCUACCAGAAAGAGCUCUUCUUCCUCCCACUAGGCUUUGCUCUUAAGGCCCUGGUGGACUUUACUGACUUUCAGAUAUACCAGGAGCUGAUCAAGAGCCGCGAGGACAAUUCAUUUUACAAAAGCUGUGCAUCGGAGAUGCUGCGCAUGGUCAUGGAGGAGGGGUGCACCACCCGCAGCAAGGUGCUGAACUACCUGGGGGAGCGCUUCAGGGUGAAGAUGAACCUGCCGGAGUGGUACACAAACGACCAGUGUGCCAACUACCUACUGGACGAGUGCAUCUGUAUCCACCUGAAGUCGGGCAUGGAGAAGUUCUACCUGCUGUGUCUGAUGACCAGGAAGCUCUUCACGUUCGCCAAGCAGGAGUGCAUGGAGGAGAACCCCGACAGCAUCAUGUGUCAGGAGGUGCUCACCCCUGGGCAGCUCUACCUCAUGUUCAUGAAGGAGAGGAUGUCUGCCUGGUUGCUGUCUGUGAAGCUCUCCUUUGAGAAGAGAGGCAGCAGACUGAGCGCAGUGUGGACCGCUGAAAACGUGAUCAAGAUAUUCAACAUGGGCACGGACCUGACCAAACCCUUUGAGUAUCUGCUGGCCACCGGGAACCUGAGCUCCAAGACAGGUCUGGGCAUGAUACAGAACACAGGCCUGUGCGUUGUAGCUGACAAACUGAACUUCAUCCGCUACCUGUCCCACUUCCGCUGCGUGCACAGAGGAGCAGCCUUCGCCAAGAUGAGGACCACUUCAGUCCGAAAGCUGCUCCCCGAGUCCUGGGGCUUCCUGUGUCCCGUGCACACUCCGGAUGGGGAGCCCUGCGGACUCAUGAACCACAUGACGGCCAUCUGUGAGAUCGUGGCGCCGACCUUACUCACCACAUCCCUCCCUGCCCUGCUCUGCUCCCUCGGUGUGACUCCGGUGGAUGGGACCCCGGGUAAGGCGUACGCAGACUGCUACCCCGUGCUGCUGGAUGGAGCUGUGGUAGGCUGGGUGGAGGCAGAGCUCGCCCCGGUGGUGGUGGACUCUCUGCGCAUGUUCAAGGUGCUGAAAGAGAAGAAGAUCCCUCCUUGGACUGAGAUCGUUCUGGUUCCUAAAACAGGAAAGGCCAGCAUGUACCCGGGCGUGUUCCUCUUCACCACCCCCUGCCGGAUGGUACGACCCGUACGCAACUUAGCUCUGGGCAAGCAGGAGCUGAUCGGCACCUUUGAACAACUUUACAUCAAUGUGGGCAUCAUGGAGGAUGAGAUAGAGCCGGGGGUGACCACGCACCAGGAGCUCUUCCCUCACAGCAUGCUCAGUGUGGUGGCCAGCUUCAUCCCAUACUCCGACCACAACCAGAGCCCCAGGAACAUGUACCAGUGUCAGAUGGGUAAGCAGACGAUGGGUUUCCCCCUGCACUCCUUCCUGGAUCGCUCCGACAACAAGCUGUACCGGCUGCAGACCCCUCAGAGCCCCAUGGUGCGGCCCUACAUGUACGACCACUACAACCUGGACAACUACCCGAGCGGUACCAACGCCAUUGUGGCCGUUAUUUCCUACACAGGCUACGACAUGGAGGACGCCAUGAUCGUGAACAAGUCGUCCUGGGAGAGAGGCUUCGCCCACGGGAGCAUCUACAAGACUGAGCUGGUGGACCUGGCAGAAAAAGUGCGGGGAGAAGACAGCGUGGUGUUCGGGGUCAAGCCCGGGGACCCUAAAGUCAAUGACAAACUGGACGCUGAUGGACUGCCAUUCAUUGGAUCCACUCUACAAUACGGAGACCCGUUCUACGGCUACAUCAACCUGAACACCGGCCAGACCUUCGUCAACUUCUACAAGAGCCAGGAGGCGUGCGUGGUGGACAACAUAAAGGUCUGCAGCAACGACACGGGCACGGGCCGCCUCAAACGCAUCUGCAUCACCAUGCGGGUGCCACGAAACCCGACCAUCGGCGACAAGUUCGCCAGCCGCCACGGUCAGAAGGGCAUCCUGAGCCGUCUGUGGCCCGCCGAGGACAUGCCCUUCACGGAGAGCGGCAUGGCCCCCGACAUCCUGUUCAACCCGCACGGCUUCCCCUCCCGCAUGACCAUCGGGAUGCUCAUCGAGAGCAUGGCGGGCAAGUCGGGCGCCCUGCACGGCCUGAGCCACGACGCCACGCCCUUCACCUUCUCCGAGGAGAGCUCCGCACUGGAGUACUUCGGGGAGAUGCUCCGAGCGGGCGGGUACAACUACUACGGCACCGAGCGGCUCUACAGCGGUGUGAGCGGGCUGGAGCUGGAGGCGGACAUCUUCAUCGGGGUGGUCUACUACCAGCGGCUGCGUCACAUGGUCUCAGACAAGUUCCAGGUGAGGACGACGGGAGCGCGAGACAAGGUGACCAACCAGCCGGUGGGGGGGAGGAACAUUCAGGGAGGCAUCCGGUUCGGGGAGAUGGAGCGAGACGCCCUGCUGGCCCACGGCUCGUCCUUCCUGCUGCACGACCGCCUCUUCAACUGCUCCGACCGCUCGGUGGCGCAGGUGUGUGUCGACUGCGGCAGCCUGCUCUCCCCCCUCCUAGAGAAACCUCCCCCCUACUGGUCGUCCAUGCGUAACCGCAAGACUGUCUGCACCCUGUGCGGGAAAAGUGACUCCAUCGACUCGGUGUCGGUUCCAUACGUCUUCCGCUACUUUGUCGCCGAGCUAGCAGCAAUGAACAUCAAAGUCAAGUUGGAUAUUAAGUGAAUUUUGCCGGACAACCAGAAAUAUGCCUAAAUGCGUCAACUCAAAGGAAAUUAUCUUAUGUGUUUUAUUAACAUGGCUCUUGAUAUAAGUUGCUGCAAUAAAUCGUAUCCAAAAAACAAACUGUAAAGCCGUGCAUCAGAACAGUCAGGUUUAACUAGUUUUAGAAAAUGAAAAAGUAGCAGCAUUUAUGAUGGAUAUGUUGACUUUGAUUAUGGUGUGUAAAAAAAAAAAAAAAGUAUUUUUUAUAUUCACACCGAGUGUUAAAUAAAGAUGCUGGACCAAGAA